CUGACACCCUGCUAAACAGCCCCGCUGUUCUUCACUCAACACAGGUUUACCGGGUGGAGCUUGACAAAGUUUUGACAGUCCGUUUCUCUGGGAACCUAAGCUAAUUACAAGAUCAAAGACAGCAACAAGAGUGAGAGCGGAAGCAACACUGGAAAGAUAAGUGUGAAAGUUGACAGAGUGACAGUAAGUCAGAGGAAAACAGCAGAUCAUUCAGGAAAAAGCAGAUUCAAUGUACAGGAGUUCAGACGUAGAUGUGCACUCAUCUGAGGCAAGACAGUACAUGUCUAAGGGUUUAGGAACAGGAAGCUUUCACACUAAGGACGAGAACUGUGAACUCAUGGGCAAUAAUGACGGUCUGUUAGAGAACAGCAAAAUUAAGAACAAGGUAACUGAGAGUGAGCUGUCGGCUCUCGAUGAUCAAACAUCAGGCAACAAUAACCCGAAGGGGAAAGCUGCUGUUUUCAGCCGGUUGUUUAAAAGAAUUCCUAAAAAGUGGACGAGUCACCCUGUGCAAGAGGAAAAGCUGUCAUUACAACAUGGAGAUCUCUCAGCCCACAAUCACAACCAAGCACAAAACAACACCACCAAGGAAGAACCAGCAUUGAAGAGUGAUGAUUUUCCAGGCAGUGACAGUCUUGUAAGCUAUAAUGCCACUGAGGAGGGAAAUUCCCUGUGUAAGUUUCUCAAAACAUCUGAGGAUACUUAUGAGGAGGACAGCCCACCAUUACACAUCAAACUGCUGGCCAGUAAUGACAAUCUCUUCUAUAUCUCUAACAACAACUUAAAGGAUAACUCAGGAAAGCUAAGUGGCACUUUCCGCAGUUCCCCAAAACCAGCGUUACGUUUUCCUGCUGAAACGGAUCCGCUAAGUGAGCAUAGUGAAUUUACAGACUGGGAUUAUACGUUCUUGGACACUGGCAUUGAAAAGAAAUCUAUUGCAGUGCCCAGAAAAUGUCAUGAUGAGAAACUCUCUAACAGUAAUAACAAGGUUGUGUCAUUUAGAGUGAAGAGAACUCUACCUAGAAUGUCAGCGUUUUCAUCCAGUAUGCAGGGUUCAGAUCAAGAAGAUAUGAUUGAGAAGCCAUUGGAAAUGCAGCAACCGGGGACAAAUGAGGACUGUACUUUUGAAAUCCUGCCAGUGGAGAUGGCUGCCUAUCCAACAGAUUUAAAUUCUUUAGCGACAGAUGCGGAUGAUGACCUGAUGGAAUGGUGGGAAACUGCUGAGGGUUGGAGUGAAUGGAACAAAACAGCAAAUUUUCAGGAGGAAGACGAGAAGCUGGCUGUCGAGGCUGCUGCAGACCGUGUGUUCAUGGCAGCCCGUCUCUUCGUCAGCCUGUUCAACCAACGUGGAGCUUCUCUGCAACGUCGCAUUUUAGAGUUGCUUGCUCUGGCGGACACUGCUGACAGCUUCCAUAAGAAGACAGUGAGUGCAGCUGUGGGAGGGGGCGUAGCUAGUGUGGCGGGGGGCAUAGCCACCAUUACUGGCCUCAUCCUGGCACCCUUCACCUUUGGCGCUUCCACUAUCGUCACUGCAGUGGGCAUCAGUGUGGCAACAGCUGGAAGCAUCACCUCAGCCACAGCUAAUAUCACGGAUGCUGUUCAGUCCAAGAUGGAUCGCAAGAAGGUGGAGAAGUUGAUCGAAGGCUACCAGAAUGAGAUCAAUGACAUCAGAGAUUGUCUGGAGUUCAUGCAAGAAGGAAUGAACACCCUGCAGGAAUGGGAUUUUAAGGGGUACUCUGAGAGUGUGGUCAACACAAGUCUUAGCCGUAACAUAAAGCAUGUAAUGAAGGAAGGUGGACGAGCAGGUAAAGCCCUUAUGAUAAACACUGAUAGGCUUAUCAACACUGUGAAAGUUCUAGGUGUUGCAGGAGGUGCUGCCAAAGCCGCCAAGGCCAUCAGUAUCACCACGGGGGUCAUGUCCACUCUCUUCCUCGCCCUGGAUGUCUUCUUUCUUGCCAAAAACUCCAAUGAACUUCACAAAGGUGCCAAGACCAAAUUUGCCUCCAAGAUCCGGGAAGUCUGCGAAGAGCUUCAACAUGGCCUACUGGAACUAAACAAAGUAAAGACUCAGCUUCAAAAGACCAUGGAUGGAAUUGAAGUGGAAGAAUAUGAGGAAGAGGAGGAGGAUGAAGACCAAUGUGAGUCAGAUCCUGUUAAACUGGCUCUACUUGAGCAAGAAAUCAAUCAGUUGGAGGAUAAACUUGACCAGAAAACUGUGCCACAGCUGAUGAACCAAAGCAAGAGAGGAGAUUCUGAGGAGACCCCAAAAAAGAAAUAAAAUGAGGAGUCAAAGAGACAAGUCAAUGAUAAAGGCUCUAAAUUCAAAGAUUUGAAAGAAAAAAAGUAGAGUGGGAAAAAAAAAUGAAGAGGAAUAAUUGCAUUUUAUUUGAAAAGACUUGGGAGUGAUUUAGAAUAUAGAAAAAGGAAGACUUUACACAGAUGUUAAGGGGCUGAUUAUAAGAAGAGUUGAACACUUCUGGGUUAAAGAGACCGAAAGAAAAUAAUUUAAAUGCAAGCAAGGGGGAUAAGAAGCCUGUAAACUUGUUAUUCAGGAAAAUCAAAGUGACAGAUAGUAAGAAGUAAGAUAGAGCACACAGAAAGACGACUAGAUUUGCAUUUCUUCAAAUAGAUUGGAAUGGAUGGAAGUAGGUUUUAAUUCUAUAUAAAUCAAAUGCUGCAUCAGAAACAUUUUGUCACACAUCUUAUAUUUUCUGUAUGCUACACACGAGGAUCAACCUUACAGAUUAAGGGCUGAGCCAGAAACCUGUUGCCCACGACCUAUAGUCUAUAAUUAAGAUUUUCACAAUUGGCUAGUGUGGUUUACAACAGAAAAAAAUCUGCUUGUUUCAGUUCCUGCAGCAUUAUAUCCAGGAAACAUUAUUUUGUUGGUACAAAGGCAUCUGGAUUUUUUUUCUUUUUGAGUGUGGAAACUUUAAAUGAGCAGUUACUGGAGCUAGUUCAUGUGUUCCAGCAUAUGAAUCUGUGGGGUAUGUGCAGGUGACACAAGUUUGAAUUCUGAUCCUAUUUCAUCCUCUCUGCCCACUAAAUAAAAAUGACCAAAAAAAAGUAGGUUUUAUGCUGGGCUUCAUGCAUCAAAGAUGUAAUAUAUUUUUGUUAUUUUCUUUUAUUUAUUUUAUUAUUUAUUUUUAUUGUAUAUUGUACAUUUUUUUAUAAGAAGCAUUUCUUUUAUAUAUAUACAUAACAUUUUCUUAUUUCUGUUAGUCAAUAAUAGAUAGUUUGUUUGAUUUAACAUUUAUUCCCAGAAUGCUUUGUGUAAUUUGUUUCUAGAUUUAUGCAAUGCAUAAAGGUUUUUUUUUUUUAAUGCAAAAUGAGUUUUUGUAUUUAUUUUGUAAAUUUCUGUCAAGUCAUUAAGUUGAGAUAUUUCCUGAAGUUUAUUCAGCGUACUCCUAAAUCGAGAUUUACAUCUAUCUACCAUCGACAAUAUCGUCUCCUCCGUCCAUUCACUGCAUCCAAAAAAAGCAUUUAACUUUUUUUUUUUUUUUUUUUGCUCACCUUUAAGUUUAAGGGCCUCUGAUAAAAUCCACCUGCGGCAGAGCCAUAAGUCACAGCUAGAGUUGUGAUUGAGGAAUGCUUCUGCAACCUCAAAUGACAAAUGGGACACCUUACACAGUCUCAUGAACUUUUAACAAGUAUGAGCUUUGCACUUCACAUCAACUGUGGCAUUUGUACUGACUGGGCCUCAUGUUUCUAUGCUUGUGUGUACAUUUAGGACUAAGGCUGAAAGAAAGGGAGAGGGUGCCCUCUGCUGUUGAAGAAUAUGUUUAUAUAUUUUUGGUAUUUAGAGUUUAUAGCUAUUAAGGUGUUCAUAGUUUUUUUUAGUUUUUUUUUAAUUAUUAUAUUAUGAAGGCAUCAGCUCUUCUCACAAGAUUUUAUGAUGACAUUUGGGAACUAAGCAUUUGCACUGUCCUACACAUCAGAACCAAACAUGAGUAAACUUGCAUUCAUUAAAUGACCAAAUGAAGCAACUCUUGAAUGUGCUUCAUUACAGGGGACAGCAACGAACUAGAUAUAAAGCUAUAAAAAAUAACUUUUUUUACCCUUCACUUUGUGCUUAAUGCUUCUCCUGCAUUAAUGUUCUGCUUAAACACGCUAUUUUAGGUUGCAACCUUCAAGCAAUAUUUACUUGCAAUAUGCAUUUCCAAUAUUCAUUAAAUAUGUUUGAUGGAAAAAAAUCUAACAAAUGUUAUAUAAUGCUCUUUACUUUAUAUAACCAUCGAUUCACUGCCCCUAUGACAUACAAUUCAGCUCAGGCUUACAGUUCUUGUUAUUGAAUCAUAUAUUUUAGACUGAGUCACACAGAGAAAAAAGAAACAAGUGUGGGUUAGAGCACUCAAGUAGACAUAAGC